CCUCAUCUCUGUUUCCUCCAUAAUUUCUCUCUCUCUAUACACACACAUAUAUAUAUAUGUAUGUGUGUAUAUAUAUGUAAUGACAACUCGUUUAUCUUCUUCUUCCUCCCUUUUAUCUUCCCGUUCAUCAGAAAUCCUCUCUCCUUCUCUCUUUCUCCUCUCACUCCCCCAUGCUCUCCUCCACCGUUUCCCUCAGCGCCGCCAUCACCACCACCGGAACCACAUGUCGCCUCUCCGUGGCAUCCUCCAUCUCCGGAGACCUCUCCGGCUCCAAAACUGCUAACCCUUUUCGGACACUCCGCAUCGCUAUUAUCGGGUUCGGGAACUACGGCCAGUUCCUCGCCGAAACCAUAGUUUCUCAGGGCCACGUCGUCUUCGCCCACUCGAGAUCCGAUCACUCUGCCGCCGCUCUCCGCCUCGGUGUCUCUUUCUUUGCCGAUCUCCAGGAUCUCUGCGAGCGUCAACCCGACGUCGUCGUCCUCUGCACCUCCAUCAUCUCCACUGAGCAAGUGCUCAGGGCAUUUCCCUUACAGAGACUUCGCAGGAGCACGCUCUUCGUCGACGUACUCUCCGUGAAGGAGUUCGCGAAGAAUCUCCUCUUUGAGAUCCUCCCCGACGAUUUCGACGUCCUCUGCACGCACCCAAUGUUCGGACCUCAGAGUAUGAGAUCCAACAAUGGUUGGCGAGGUCUUCGGUUCGUGUACGAGAAAGCUCGAAUCGGCGAGGAGAAAUCCAGAAUCUCGCGGUGCGAGGAUUUUCUGGGAAUCUUCGAGCGCGAAGGGUGCGAGAUGGUGGAGAUGAGUUGCGCCGAUCACGACAUGUAUGCUGCAGGGACUCAGUUCAUUACGCACACCGUGGGUAGGGUUUUGGAGAUGCUGGAACUGCAAUCUACGCCGAUUAAUACAAAAGGGUAUGAGGCAUUGCUGGAUUUAGUGGAGAACACUCGUGGGGAUAGCUUCGAUCUGUAUUAUGGGUUGUUUGUGUACAAUAAGAACUCGUUGCAGAUGCUGGCGAGAAUGGAUAUGGCGUUCGCGGGGCUGCGUAAGGAACUGUUCGGACAGCUUCACGGCGUUGUGAGGAAGCAGUUGUUUGAAGGUGAAGAAGGGAGAGUUCAUAGCUUCAAUGGUCAUCAAAAUGGCGUUUCUUUGGAUAUGAUGAGAUCGAAAGAUGCUGCUCCGAAGUAUGAAUACAAUGCCGAGCUCUCUGGCAUUGUCGAUGAAAGUUCAAAGCUCAAGGUUGCCAUUAUCGGAUUUGGCAACUAUGGACAGUUUCUCGGGAAAACCAUGGUGAAACAGGGACACUCGGUCUUGGCAUAUUCUAGAACCGAUUACACCGGCGCGGCUGAGAAUCUGGGCGUCUCUUUUUUCUCCGACAUUGAUGAUCUAUUCGAAGAGCAUCCUGAAGUUAUUCUUCUCUGCACUUCAAUCCUCUCCACCGAAAAAGUUCUCAAGUCACUCCCGUUUCAGAGACUAAAGAGAAGCACCCUUUUCGUGGAUGUACUCUCCGUGAAAGAGUUCCCUAGGAAUCUGUUUCUUCGAACUCUCCCGCCAGAGUUCGAUAUUUUGUGCACGCAUCCCAUGUUUGGACCCGAGAGCGGUAAACCCGGGUGGAAAGAUCUUUCCUUUGUGUUCGAGAAGGUCAGGAUCGGAAGGGACACAAGAAGAGCAACCAGGUGUGACAGGUUUCUCGACGUUUUUGCACGUGAAGGGUGUCGUAUGGUAGAGAUGCCUUGCGCCGAACAUGACCGGUACGCAGCCGGGUCACAGUUCAUCACACAUACGACGGGGAGGAUCCUGGAGAAGCUGAAGUUGGAGUCUACGCCAGUCGACGCCAAGGGAUACGAGACACUGCUGAGACUGGUGGAGAACACAGCUGGGGAUAGCUUUGAGCUUUACUACGGGCUGUUCUUGUAUAACCCAAACGCUAUGGAGCAACUCGAGAGGUUUGGGUUGGCCUUUGAAUCACUGAAGAAACGGCUCUUUGGACGAUUGCAUCGUCUCCUCCACAAGCAGCUGUUGUUUGGAGAUGGUGACGAUUCCCGGGUCCAAUAGCUAAUGCUUACGCUGCUGCUCCACAGUAUUUGAAUAGGUUUCGUUUUCUUUUAGAUUUGUUGAAAUUAAAUAAUUUUAGAUUGGAUUUGGUUACGUUUUUUCCUUCCCGCCUCAGACACUUGGAUCAAAGCCAUUGCUCACGUAACGUUUCGCUUAUGCGAAGAUUCACCCGAAGAGAAAAUAGUGUCAGUUCCCUUGUUUUUGUGUUAACUUCUGCACUGUCUGGAUGAAUCCGAGGAACAGUUCUCCGUCUUUAGACAGAGAUUCUAUCGCCACCGUUUCAACUUGGUCGGAGAAGAUACGGUUGCUGGAUCGAGUGGCCAUACAAUACGCCUCGGACGGAAUUUUGAAGCAAUGCAUAGACUGUGGGAGAACAAAGAAAUCGAAAACUCGAGGGUGUUUAAAUAGGAAAGAGAAUCUAAAAGAAAAAAGAAGAGGAAGAAGAGUUACACAUACAAAUGGUAAUGAGGUUCUGAAUCAGAUGCGACGGCGACUGGCUCUAAGUUUCCUAAAACUCUACAGACUCCAAACAUAUCCCUCUAAACCAUCCAAUGUCCGGAAGGAAAAAUCAAACCAAGA